UAAACAUGAGAAAAAGCCAAGUGGAACACGUAAUAUACAAAAUAGUAUUGGGGACCCGUGACAAUAUGUGAAGUGUGUUUGGGAGGCUUUCAAGUUUCAACACCAGAUUCCACACUCCCUUCUUCUUCUUCUUCAUCCAUGGCAAAGAAACCUGUCAAGUACACUAUAGUUGACGCAUUCACAGAGUCAGCGUUCAAGGGGAACCCUGCAGCUGUGUGUUUGUUAGAUGAAGAGAGGGAACAACAAUGGCUGCAAUCUGUAGCUGCUGAGUUCAAUCUCUCAGAAACUGCUUUCUUGAUUACAAUUCAUAAUCAAAACUCUAAUCCUCGUUUUGCUCUCAGGUGGUUCACUCCUGUUGCUGAGGUUAAACUAUGUGGCCAUGCAACAUUAGCAUCAGCACACACACUAUUUUCAUCUGGUUUGGUUGAUGCCAAUAGUAUUAUUGAAUUUGUUACCCUCUCUGGAAUACUAACUGCCAAAAGAAUCCCAGCAAUCAAUGAAGAAGAAACCAAGGAUGGAUUGUUCUAUGUUGAAUUGGAUUUUCCUGUUGACCCUAUAAAGGAAGAAGAAUCCAACUUUGCUGAGAUUUCUUCUCAAAUCUCUGAGGCAUUGAGUGGUGCUAACAUAAUUGAUUUAAAGAGGACACAAGAUUCAGAAGACUCACUCGUUGUACUAGAAUCUGGAGAAGCUUUGUUAGAAGUGGAGCCAAAAAUUGAUGCAAUAGUUAAACUUGAAUGUGCUAGAGGUUUGCUUGUUACAGCAAUUGCUCCUCCAGGAUCAGGAUUUGAUUUCUACAGUAGAUGUUUUUUCCCCAAAUAUGGAAUCAAUGAGGAUCCUGUGACUGGGAGUGCACAUUGUGCAUUAGCAUCAUACUGGUGCAAGAAACUAGGCAAGUGUGAUUUCAAUGCAUUUCAGGCAUCAAAAAGAGGGGGAGUUCUGAAUAUUCAUAUUGAUGAGAAGAGUCAGAGAGUGCUUUUGCGUGGAAAGGCUGUUACAAUAAUGGAAGGCUGUGUUUUGGUUUAGUAGGGUUUACAUCAAUUCAGUUCUUGACUUCUUGUUGGUCCUUUAAUAAAUUUUUAUGAGCACUUAAUUCAAAAUACUCAUGUUAGACAAAACAAAUUUGUCUUCGUUUUAUGGGGUAAUGAAUUUUCAUAAUGCUUUUAUCUUUAAUUUGAAUAAUAACCUUUAAA